UCUUGUGGGACUUGUUCAGGCAAGCAAGAAGUCUUUAUUCAUUUUGACUGAUUUCAUUUUAAAUAAAUUUUUUGUAUUGCUUUUUAUGGUGGAUAGUCAUUUGUAAAAUUUGGAAAUUUUCGAUAAAAAGUACAUUAAAAUAAAUUUUCGUUAUUGAAAAAGUGAAAAUAUUUUUAACUAUUGAUUUUUUUCAACUAAAUUUAGAAAUAUAAUAAGUUAAAAAUAAUUUUUUUGUUAAAUACAACUGUGGUAAUUUAAAAAAAAAGAACAAAAAAUAGUCACUAGAAAAUUAAUACACACUAAAUAAUAUACAAGUUAUAUACAUACAUAAAACUUUAGAUGUGGUAUAUAAAAUAGAUGAUAUUAUAAAUUAAAAAUAAAUGUUAUUUACCUAUUAAAUAAAAUUUCAAAAUGAAUCCACAAACACUUUACAAGGAAUGCUUGUCCACGUAUGUGUCUAAUUUAAAUUAUGAUGUAAAAUCUUUGGAAAAAGUAAAAUAUUUAAAACAUUUGCCACCUAUAGUUUUGGCCGAUAUCUAUGCAAAGAUGGCAAGAAAAAAUAAACUUCGUGAUAUGUUAAAUGAACAGUUGACUGAUCUAGAAGUAUUUGGUCGACUUUUACGUAUUAGUGCAGCACGCCAAAAGCUAUUUAAAUGCUUAUCAGCUCUAAUGAGCAGCGGUAAACCAUUAGCAACUCAAUUACAAAAUAAAUUUAUAAUGCGUUAUGUGAUGAUGCCAAAAGUUCAGCUAUCGAAUACUUCUGAAAUAAUAUCACAAACAUAUCAAACAUUUAGCGAUGAUUUCGAUGAUAAUGCAAUUGAUUUUGGUUUACGUCUAGGUUCAUUUUUAUCAGAAGCCGGCUGGUUAUCCGAGAGUAUUAAUAUUUUAUCAUGUGUUGCUAGUCGUUUAGAACGAUGUGAAUUAACUCAAUCUACUUUACUUUUACGUCUGGAUUGUUUGCAAAGAUUGUUACAUUCAGAAGCAAAUUUAUGUAGUUUUAAAUCGGCUGAUCGUACUUAUCAGACUAUUAUGGAUCUUGUAAAGUCUUCAAAUAGUAGCUUUUUGAAUAAAUUUACAACAACAUCCUAUGUUUUGCCUAAAUCAUUAUUAGCUAAUAUAUAUGCGCAAUUAUCGGUGUUAUUCUUUGCUAGAAGUGAAUAUACGAAAAGUUAUGAGUGGAGUAUAAAGGCAUUGAAUUGUUUAAAUUCAACAACUCCAGAAAAAAUUGUGAUUGAUGUUUUGCGUCAGGCUGCCAGAUCUUGUGUUGUAAAACGUGAAUUUAAAAGAGCUAAUAUGCUAAUUUGUCAAGCUUUGCGUAGAGCUAAAAUCAAGUUUGGACGUCAUCAUCAAAAAUAUGCGGAUGCGUUAUUAGAUUACGGUUUCUUCUUACUAAAUGUUGAUUCAGUAUCACAAAGUGUUGAUAUAUACGAAGAAGCACUUAGUAUUAAACGUCAUAUAUUUGGUGAUAACAAUUUCCAUGUCGCAAUAGCACAUGAAGAUCUUUCGUAUGCCUAUUAUGUAUAUGAGUACAGCUCAGGAAAUUUUAGAUUAGCAAAGGAAAAUGUAGAAAAGGCCGUUAAAUUGAUGAAAAAUUUAGUUCCGAGUAAUCAUUUAAUGUUGGCUUCUGCAAAACGAGUUAAAGCACUUUUAUUGGAAGAAAUCGCUCUUGACAAAAUGGCAGUAUCAGAUGGUAAAGAUGAGGAGGGUUUGUUAAUAGAAUCAGAAGAAUUGCACAUAUGUGCAUUGAAGUUAUCGCUAGAAGCAUUUGGUGAGAUAAACGUCCAAACUGCAAAACACUAUGGAAAUUUAGGUCGUUUAUAUCAAAGUAUGGGUCGAUUUGAAGAAGCUGAACGUAUGCAUAAAAAAGCAAUCAGAAUCAAAACUGAUUUACUAGGACCAUAUGAUUAUGAAGUUGGUUUAAGUAUUGGUCAUUUAGCUUCAUUAUAUAAUUAUCACAUGUUGAAGUAUCACGAAGCAGAAGAAUUAUACUUGAGAAGUAUUGAAAUAAGUCUCCGUUUAUUUGGAAAAGCUUAUUCAGGACUAGAAUAUGAUUACAUUGGCUUAUGUCAUAUAUAUGAUAGAUUAGGUGAACUUGAUAAAUGGGCUCAUUAUAGUCAUACAUUAGAAGUAUGGCAGAAUCUCAGAGGGGAACAUGAAAUUUUAAGAAAACCAACCUAUCCAGAAAUCUGUGAUGAUAGUAGUUUAAUUGAAUUAACACAAAAAUUUUUUGAAAUGUGUUCAAAUUCACCAACUGGUGAUGGUAAAUCAGAAGCAGCUCCAUUACAAGCUUUACGGGAUGAUGAAGAACCACCUCCAGCAUCGUCAUCCCAAUCACAGCAACAGCAACAUAUUACAAACUCGUUUUUUAGAUAUCAAUAAAUGAUUUGGAAAACAUUUAAAAUCAUAUAGCUUUAAAAGCUCCACUAAGUCUUUUUAUUUAUUCAUAAUAAUUGAGAAAGAAAAAAGUAAAGUUGAACCAAGGAUUAGAUUCUUUAUCCGUAUCUAAAUGAUUUUAAAGAAAGAAGUUUCAUACUUUUAUCAUUUUUUAAAUUAUAGACAAAACGAUGAGAAUUAGAAAAAAAUAUGAAAAUCGAAUCACAAAG